AUGAACGAAAUGGGUUUAAAGCCACCGCCACGGUCAACAAGGACACGGAAAAAAAAACACCAUUUGUUCUGUACUCUGUACUUACAUCACAAUUGCAACCCUCUACCGCUCGACUUGUACAGAUUCGAGCUGGCCGUUUGUAUAUUUUUAGGAUCAUACGGAAAUCAUAGUCAGAUAUCUCGGAGUGAAGUGAUUGCUUGCUUGUACUCAAAUUUUGUCACAAGCAGUGCGGAAAUUAUGUCCGCGCCGCCCAUCGUCAAGGCCACGCUGCAGGCCGCUGUCAUCAAUGCCAGCUCAAAUGUGAUGGCGCAGGCAAUUACUGCCUAUAGGACACAGAUGAACGCGUUGACUGACUGA